AAUUUAUGCCCUCUCCUUGUCAUUGUUCAAAUCCCUCUUACUUCCAAAAAUUCAGUGCAUAUAUUCUCUUCUUUUCUCUCUUCCCAAAGCCAAUCCCUUUCAUCAAAUCACCCUUUGCCAUACACCCUCCUUAUCCCAAACCCAUAUAAGAAAUAAUUAGCACAAAAAAGGAAUCAAGAGAAGAAAAUUAAUGGCUAGUCAUCAUGAACUUGAACUAUCGUAUAAUUAUAGUGAUCAUAGUGACGAUGACGAUGAAGAUCAAGAUAACCUUGAAGAAAAAGAAGAGGAAAAAGAAGAAAAUAAUUCUAAUGACUACAACAUUUGUGGUCGUGAACGUCGUGGAGGAGGAUUGAUAGACUUUUUCUCUUGGAAAGUAAUAGACCCUAGAGCACCUUGGGUACAAGAAUGGAACCGAGUGUUCUUACUAGUAUGUGCCACGGGUCUUUUCGUGGAUCCUCUCUUUUUCUACGCUCUUUCUAUAAGCGAGAGUUGUAUGUGUCUUUUUAUCGACGGUUGGUUUGCGGUUACAGUCACAGUUCUCCGGUGCAUGACUGAUGCUUUACAUUUAUGGAACAUGUGGCUCCAAUUCAAGAUGCACAAAUUUCGUCUUCAUGAGGGAGAAAAUACUAGUAGUCAUCCUCGGAUACACCAUGAAAAAAGUCUUCGACGUUCUGUGGCCUUACGAUACUUGAAAUCCAAGAAGGGUUUCUUUUUCGAUCUCUUCGUCAUACUUCCUUUACCUCAGAUAGUGGUGUGGGUAGGGAUUCCAGAAUUACUGGAGAAAGGAUCAACAACAACAGUGAUGACUGUAUUGUUAAUAAUGUUUCUGUUUCAGUAUCUCCCCAAAAUCUAUCACUCAGUUUGCCUAUUGCGACGCAUGCAAAGUCUCUCUGGCUACAUUUUUGGCACUGUUUGGUGGGGAAUUGCUCUCAACUUGAUCGCUUAUUUUGUUGCCUCCCACGCAGUGGGAGCAUGUUGGUAUUUGCUAGGAAUCCAAAGGGCAGCAAAAUGUUUAAAAGAACAGUGUAGAGUUACCAACGAUUGUGGCCUCAGAAUGCUUGCCUGUGAAGAGCAAAUAUUUUAUGGAACACACAGUUUGGUAAAGCACAAAAGUAGAGUCAUAUGGGGGGAGAACAAAAAUGCAAGGUCAACAUGCCUAGCCUCUGAAGACCAUUUUGAUUAUGGAGUUUAUAAAUGGACUGUUCAACUUAUCACUAAUGAAAAUCGUUUUGAGAAAAUACUCUUUCCCAUAUUUUGGGGUCUUAUGACUCUCAGUACUUUUGGAAACUUGGAGAGCACAACAGAUUGGCUGGAAGAUAUAUUCAUAAUCAUCGUUCUCACUACUGGUCUACUUCUGGUCACCAUGUUGAUUGGUAAUAUCAAGGUAUUCUUGCAUGCAACAACAUCAAAGAAACAGGCAAUGCAACUAAAAAUGAGAAAUGUAGAAUGGUGGAUGAGGAGAAGAAGAUUGCCUCAAGUAUUUAAGCAAAGGGUCAGAAAUUAUGAACGGCAAAGAUUUGCAGCAACACGUGGAGUUGAUGAAUGCGAGAUGAUAAGCAACCUCCCCGAGGGUCUUAGAAGAGACAUCAAAUAUCAUCUUUGUUUGGACUUGGUUAGACAGGUGCCUUUGUUUCAACAUAUGGAUAACUUGGUCCUGGAGAACAUAUGUGAUCGUGUCAAGUCCUUGAUUUUUACCAAAGGGGAAACAAUAACAAGAGAAGGUGAUCCAGUUCAGAGAAUGUUGUUCAUAGUUAGAGGCCAUCUGCAGAGCAGUCAAGUACUUCGAGACGGUGUCAAAAGCUGUUGCAUGUUAGGCCCCGGAAACUUCAGUGGCGACGAACUUCUCUCAUGGUGCCUUCGGAGACCCUUCGUAGAGCGGUUACCGCCGUCUUCAUCGUCACUAGUGACUCUCGAGACGACGGAAGCCUUCGGGCUCGAAGCAGACGAUGUCAAGUACGUCACUCAGCAUUUUCGCUACACAUUUGUGAAUGAGAAAGUGAAGAGAAGCGCAAGGUAUUAUUCUCCAGGAUGGCGAACUUGGGCGGCCGUUGCUAUUCAGUUGGCUUGGAGGAGAUAUAGACAUCGGUUGACACUCACAUCAUUGUCCUUUAUUCGACCAAGAAGACCAUUGUCUCGAUGUUCUUCGUUAACGGAGGACAGGCUCAGGCUUUAUACGGCUUUGCUCACUUCACCAAAGCCUAAUCAGGAUGACUUUGAUUUUUAAAAGAGCAACAGAUGAAUCCUUCUGUGGAAUGCCUAUGCAGUAAUAUAGUUUUUUUUGCUUUAAGGAGACUUGCUAGCUAUUCUUUUCUGUUAUGAGAAAAGAGCACAUGACAAGAAAUGUUCUUGCUACAUCACCGCCGUCUAUAUAUAUGUCCGGUUAUCCAUUCA